AUGGCGAUUGCAUAUCUGAUUCUUUUGGAGGCAGAUUUGUUGAGAAUCCAAGAUUUGUUGAAUAAUGGAUUUAGUUGCGUAGAGACAUGCUAUGCAAAAAAUAGAGCAAAUAUAAGAGGUAGACCGGACACCUCUAAUUAUGGUACUGAAUCAGACGAUUAUCCCCUUGAAGAAAUAGAGGAGACGCCAGCGAGUCAAACUAUGGAAAGAGCGCUUCAAACAGACUUCUGUAAGGCUAAGGCAGCGGAUGGGUCUUGCGCACCUGUGGAAGGCUGCAGUAAGGGCAGCGCAGGUGAGCGCAUCAAACAUUUUCCAGCAACUUCGUUUUGGAUUCUAAUAGAUCAGUGCCAGACGAGACCAACAGUGGGUCAUGUGUCAGUCACCCUAUGA